AUAGCUCAGUGUAGCUAGCACACAUAUCUGGCAGACGGCUAGCUAGUUUGCUCAACUUGUUUAAUUAAAGUGAUGUCAGUAGCUAGUUACCUAGCUAGUCGUUUGGCUGACCAUUUUACAUUAUGUACAGGAAGUUCACCCCGUAGCUACAUCAUCCAUUAGCGGUUUGCGUUCUGUCAGCCACCGAAUUAGACAUUAUUUUUACGUAGUGUAUUGUUGCAGUCCGCUGUCCACGUUGGAUAUAUUUCGUAAUUCCAGAGUGUACUUUGACGAGCUGGCUCGGCUAACGCAAAGAGCAUCUCGCCUCUUCCUCUCUGGCUGUUACAGACUAGUGGCAAGAGAAUUUCCGUCGUGACAAUCGCAGCUGCUUGUUGUGUGCAAGCUGCUAACACAAGUCAUUUAGCGGUACGGUAGCGUUGUUGGAGCAAGAAACUAAAUAGAGGAACCAGAUUUUCUUUGUACUUCCUAUUUGCUCCUUGCCAAACUGAUCUGUAUUUUUUUCAACAGCUGUUUUUAUGUUAUUCGCUUAGCUAAAUUCUGCCACCGCAUCAAAUGAGUAAAUAAACAGACUCACCAAUUCCAUUGACAUUUUUAUCUCUGCAAGGAUGUCUAAACGAUUAAGGAAUAGUGAGCUAUGCGCUGAUUGCAGUGUGCCAGAGCCUCGCUGGGCUUCUGUGAACAGGGGCGUGUUGAUCUGCGACGAGUGCUGUAGUGUUCAUCGGAGUCUGGGCAGACACAGCUCCCAAGUGCGUCACCUGACUCACACACCAUGGGCUCCUACACAGCUACAGAUGGUUCAGAUGUUAUACAACAACAGUGCAAAUUCGAUAUGGGAACACUCUCUACUGGACCCAGCGUCGGUGAUGAGUGGGAAACGCAAGGCCAACCCUCAGGACAAAGUACAUCCAAAUAAGACAGAGUUCAUAAAGGCCAAAUACCAAAUGCUGUCUUUUGUCCACCGGAUGCCUUGUCGAGAUGACGACAGCUUCACUGCCAAGGACUUAAGCAAGCAACUUCACUCCAGUGUCCGAACUGGUAACCUGGAGACAUGUCUGAGGUUACUCUCUCUGGGAGCCCAGGCCAACUUCUUUCACCCAGAAAAAGGGAAUACGCCGCUGCAUGUGGCUGCCAAGGCAGGCCAGGUGUUUCAGGCCGAGCUGCUGACAGUCUACGGGGCUGACCCCGGCGCCCCCGACACCAGCGCCAAGACUCCCAUUGACUAUGCAAGGCAAGCUGGCUACCAUGACCUGGCUGAUAGGCUGGUGGAGAUUCAGUAUGAACUUACUGACAGACUGGCUUUCUAUCUCUGUGGGAGAAAGCCUGAUCAUAAAAAUGGCCAACACUUCAUCGUCCCACAGAUGGCCGACAGCAGUUUAGAUUUAUCAGAACUGGCAAAGGCAGCAAAGAAGAAACUCCAGUCUCUCAGUAAUCAUUUGUUUGAGGAGCUGGCGAUGGACGUGUAUGACGAGGUGGACAGACGGGAGACGGAUGCAGUAUGGCUGGUGACACAGAACCACAGCACGCUGGUGACAGACACCACCGUGGUGCCUUUCCUUCCUGUGAACCCAGAGUACUCAUCAACACGAAACCAGGGACGGCAAAAACUUGCGAGAUUCAAUGCACAUGAAUUUGCAACCCUUGUCAUCGACAUAUUAAGUGACGCAAAGCGUCGACAGCUGGGGAACACUACGACGAGUCCCAAAGAAAACGUUGAACUUAUCCUAAAAAGCGUGAGCAUCCAGCGCGGCAGUGAGGGUCUGGACAAUGACCAGCCGGACUAUGACAGCGUGGCCUCUGACGAGGACACGGAUCAGGAGCCACCCUCGGGCAAGGACCGGACCAAGAGUCUGGACUCGGACCUGUCAGACGGGCCUGUCACGGUGCAGGAGUUCCUGGAGGUGAAGCACGCCCUGUCGGCCUCGGAGGCCAAGAUCAAGCAGCUGAUGAAGGUCAACAGCAACUUAAGCGGCGAACUGCGACUGAUGCAGAAAAAGCUGCAUUCUCUGCAAAGCGAGAACACGUCUCUCAGGCGACAGGGCCCAACCACCCAUAUCUAUCAGGUCCCCAUCAGCAGCGGGUCAGAGUACACUGACCCUCCUUCCUCCAGCCCCUCGGCCAUGAAGCGCCGGCAGUCAGCGCGGGCCAGCCGGCCCAUGUCCAUGUCUAUUUAUGAGACUGGCUCGGGCCUGAAGCCCUACCUCCCCAAGGGGGAGACCCCCUACCCAGAGGAGGGUAUCCCCACCCUGCAACCCUUCCUCCCACCUCAUGCCUCCAAGAUGGAGAAACAGAGCAGCAUGUCAGACGGUGACUAUGACAACACAACCAAUGACUCUGAGUUGGAGGACUCAGGUGUGGGCAGGAGGGGGAGGCUGAGGAGCAGUGGUUGGCUUGGGGAGGGCAGCUCCAUCCCUGAACUGGAUGAUCUUGAAGCCGAGCCAGACUCUGCGCUCCCCAGCACCGAGGAUGUCAUUCACAAGACAGAGCAGAUCACCAAGAACAUCCAGGAUCUGCUCCGCGCUGCACAGGAGAACAAGCACGACAGCUUUAUACCCUGCUCCGAAAGAAUAUAUGUGGCUGUGACGGAAAUGGCUGCCCUCUUUCCCAAGAGACCACGUUCGGAGACAGUGCGAGGUCCCCUGCGCCUGUUGACGUCCAGCGCCUUCCGGCUCCAGGGAGAGUGUCAGAAGGCAGUGCCCCCAGAGGGAGGUCCAGUGCCUGACAUGCAGCUGGUCACCCAGCAGGUUAUCCAGUGUGCCUAUGACAUCGCCAAGGCGGCCAAGCAGCUUGUCACCAUUACCACCAAGGAGAACAGCAACUGACCAUUAUCACCACUGCCGCCCGUCGCAGGCCUUUUAGAUAUCUGAAGGCCCGAAAUGUCUCCACGUAUUGUUCAUCCUUUAACUUUGUUGUAAAAAAAAACAAAAAACAUUUAUUUCCUGUUUUUAAUGUGUAUGUGAUAUUUGCAUGUCAUUUUUUAUUUAAAGACAAAUGUACGCAA